AUGGGUAUUAAAACUUUAUUACCCUUCUUGAGGGAGGUCACACGAAAAGCAAACCUUGAAGAGUUUAAAGGACAAACUGCUGCAGUUGAUGCUUCGUGUUUGUUGCAUAGAGCGCUAUCAAUAAGCAUGAGUCGAAAUGGCGACGAAAGCAGGUAUAUAUUUCAGUAUACAAUGAGUUAUUUGUUUAUUGUUUAUAUUGAUCUGUUCAGAAAAUUAUAACAUUAUCAGUGAAAAGAAAAAACGUUCAAUUUUAGAUUACUUGAUCUUCUUAAUUCAUACGUCGAUCUUCUUGAAAGAAACGAAAUCAAACCAUAUGUAGUAUUUGAUGGAUUAAGAUUGCCAACGAAAGAACUUGAACGUGUAAGAAGGACAAGGUGAGUAUCGUCUUUGUCGACGCAACUUUUAUGUAAAUUACUUCGCAUAUCGAUUUCAAUCUCAUUUGUACUUUAUGACCGCUUGAAUGCAACAGCACACACGUGGUGGUCAACGUUAAUAUAACAAUAUUUAUCCGACGUUUUUGCUUUUAUAUAAAUAUCAAUGUAUAGACGCCGAGAGGAGAUCCGAGCAAAAGCAAAUGAGCUUCGAAAAGAAGGUGAAGUAGUGGCAGCGAACAAGCUAUUUGCCGGAGCAACUCGCAUAGGCAUACGCCAUAACAACUGAAUUUAUCAGAGUAAGUGUCACUAUAGUCUAGUGAAAUACUCUAGCUACUUAAAACUCUUCGGACUUCGGUGUUAACAUUUAUUGUAGAUGUAAUAUAAAAUUAUGAAGACUUAUUUCAUAUAUAAUGCUCAAAUUUAUACGCCUGUAUGUUUACUAUUGUUUUAGUUGUGUCGUGAUAGAAAUAUCGAUUAUACUGUUGCCCCGUAUGAAGCAGAUGCACAAAUUGCAUAUCUUAUGAAACACGGACAAGUAGAUUUUGCCAUUAGUGAAGAUUCUGACCUACUUGCGUUUGGAUGCCAAAAGGUGAGAGGGGUUCUAUUUCCCAGACAAGAUGAAGUCUACACUCACGAUAUUAGAAUGUUAGGGUUUGUAAUCCAAGUGAGAAUAUAUAUACAGUUUAAGACCUAACCAGGAACGACUGCGAAAAAUGCAGCCUUGUGCUGCAUUUUUCGCAGUCGAUCGUUCCUGGUUAGGUCUUAAAAUGUAUAUAUUCUCACUUGGAUUACAAACCCUAACAUUCUAAUAUUAAAUCCACCAAGUGAAGUGCAAGAAUUCAAAUCAUUGAAGUACACUCACGAAUUACGAUAGCCUUUAGCACAACCAAGGUGGCAUAACGCUAGCCUUAGCUAUGAUAUAUGUCCACAAAGGGUAGUAGGAAGCUCAAACUGUAAAAUUGGGCCAAAACAUAGCCAGUUCCUAAAGGUAUCAGCAAUAAGCCUAAAUUGGGGGGAAUGGGUUAGGUUAUACCCCCCCCCCCACUCACCUAAUUUCAACCAGUUUCUAAUUGUUUACAUUUAUUAUAAUAACAACAACAAAGGUUAUAUGUACAACAAUAUUCAUAUAUUCUUUAUCUUGUAGGUUUUGUUCAAAAUGGAAACGAGUGGAAUGUGUGAUUGUAUUGAAUUGAGUGACGCCCUUGAAAAUCUUGGCAUGACUCAAACUAAAGUUCUUGAAAUGUGUAUAGUAGCGGGUUGUGACUAUUUGCCAAAUAUUCGAGGAAUUGGUAUAAACAAGGCAAGAAAACUUGUUGUAGAAGAAGCUGAUCUGAUGAAGGCUUUGUUGAAUUUGAAAAAUGUCCCUGAAGGGUACAAAAACAGGUUUCUAGAAGCCAAAUCUGUUUUCCUCCAUCAGACAGUCAUAGAUACAAAGACAAAGGAAACUGUUCCUUUGAGUGAAUGGAGGGAUACUCCAGUGGCAACCUCACAACAAAAUAUGUGUGGAAAGUAUCCUUUCAAUUUAUAUGACAGAAGUGCUGUCUGGUGUCAUUUGUAUGCUGAAAAGACUAGCAUGUUUUUAAAUAAAGUUUAUCAUCAUCAUCUAUUAUGUUGGCGAUUCCUUAAUUCAUAACAAGCUUGCUUUCUAAGGAAAAAUCUUUAAAUGUUUCAAUUGGUAAUAUCAACCCGGAAGAAAUGGAUGUUAUUUUAAGCACUUUUCCAUUACCAGUAUUAGUGCAGGUUAUGUAUUAUUUAUGUGAAAUAUGCAAUGCUAUUUUAGUCAUUAUCCUACCACAGACAAUAAAAUCUUCUGGUGUACAUGUUAGACAGAGUUCAAUAAUAUUGUGUGCAUCUGAACACAUUGCCAUCUAAUGGACUAUCAGUAUGAAUCUCAAGGGCGGGAAGAAGUCUUCUAAUAAUAAUUCUAGCAACCAAAGUUUGAAAUUGUGUCUAUGGUUACAGUUUAACAUUUGCUUUAACAUUUUGAUAUUUAUCUAUUUUAAUAGUACUCAGCCUGCAGUGAUGAUGUAUCUACAGUUUCAAACAGAGAACAUAAUAAUGAAGGUAUUAUAAUUGUAUUAUAAUCAGUGCCAAAUAAAGUGAAGGGUGGGGGAUAUGUCCUCAACAUUUUUUCACAUUGCUCUUUUCCCCAGCUAAACUGUUCAAAGAGGUGACCUUUAGACAAUAGUGCCCUUCCAACUUGAAUUUGCUUCUUUUCAUCCUUUGUUUGUGUAGUUGGUGUGAAUUUUUGCUCACAUGGUUAAUUUUGAGGAGAUAUAUAGAUAUAGACCAUGCUUUACUCAUUUUGCAGAUGACACUACAGAGAUUAAAGUCACGAUUACAUCAAUCGAACGUGCUUCAUUCCCAUGGAGAAUUCCAUCAUUUCCAGUUAUAACCUUAAACUUUAAAAAAGUAAAAUUUACACUGAGCAAUGGACAACAGUCCAAUGGUGUUGUAAACAAGGACAUUGACAUUGCACCAGGCAGAUUUUGCUGUUCAAGCCAUUGCACGAUAAGGGUGGAUAAUGAAGACCUGGUAGUGCUAUGGACACUAAGCCCAUUAAAGAACACCAUACAGUCAGUUGCAAGAGUGCAAGUUCGGAAUGUUGGUGAAGAAACAGAUGAUUACAGUGGAGAGCAUACACUACCCUUUAAAGUGAUGGGAACAUGUUAUUGGACUAGUCGGCAAGAUGCACUUGAAGAGGCAUACACAUACCUUCAUGAGUACAACCGACAUGUCUUUGCGAAACUUGUUGAGGAGCCAGAAAAUGUGAACGACAGCAAUGCAAUUGAUCUAUGA